GAUCCCAAAAGACACCAAGACGAAUAAGAGUCAGAGACUGGCACACACGACCUCAUGAGCGACGACAAGACGCAGCGCCAGUCCGCAAGUUCCGCCGCAGACAACAGCAAACACUCACACCGACCGUCGUUCCUGUCGCACCACAAGGACAUGGCGCUCUGGGGCACGCUGCGCCACCGCAUGGGCGGGUCUGUGCCCACGGACUCGAGUGAGUUCGUGGAGGAAUUUUUCAGCAAGACGCCAGAGGAUCCACGCUGGGAGCUUGGCGCUAUUCAAAAGCAAACGGAGGAGUUUAUUGCCUCGCAACUGGCUCACAACCGCCGCGGCAUCGCGCUUAUCACUUCAGGUGCCACGAUCGUGCCGCUGGACCCAGAGAACGACACGUUCGUGGAUGUGGCACCGCAGGUGCAGGAGCAGCGAGGGCCUGCCUGUGCCGAGUACCUGCUGCAGCUGGGUUAUGCGGUAAUCUUCGUGCAUCGCGAGGAUUCGCUGCGGCCUUUUACGCGCCACUUCCAAAAGUAUAUCCAGAAUGGAGCCUUCAUGGACAUGUUCCGCAUGCAGGACAACGGGCUCGUACUCUCCGGCAUGGACAUUUCGCAGCAGUUGCAGUUCCAGAAGAUUGCCCAGCUAUACACUGAAUGCAGCACCCGCGUGCUCAACCUGAGCUUCACGUCCGUGCAGCAGUAUCUUAUGCUCACGCGUAUAACAGCAAAAGCCAUGGAAGUGGCGAAGGACCGAGCCAUCGUCGUGCUCGCAGCCACGCUAAUGGACUUCUACGUGCCGGUAGAUCCUUCUGUUGCAGCGACAGAAGUUUCGGAAGAUACGGAUAGCACAGAGGCCUCGUCAUCGUCGUCCUCUUCUUCGUCGAAGCACAGCAAAGUCAAGCACAUUAAAAAGCUUGCUAAGAAGAUCACCAAGAAGCAGAGUGACGAGUUUUCCGUCAACUUCGUGCGUGUCCCCAACAUUAUCCGCAAAAUCCGCAAGGACUGGUGCCCAAAGGCUUUUCUGGUCACAUGCAAGCACCAGCUCGCAAGUGGAGAGGACAUCGAGGACGCGCACGCUGAUUUGGAGAAAUGGGGCGUCGAUGUAAUCGCAGGAAAUCACUAUUCUCGCGAGAUUCUGCUCAUCACGGAGCAGGAGGAAGCGAUAGUGACUUGUCCCGACGAUGAGGACAUCAACGAUGCGUUUGCGUCGGCUAUUGCUGACAUGCACCGCAGCUUUCGACGCAAACGAGAGAUUCUAGUGCGUGGCAAGCAGCUCUUGCUUCUUUCAGCCAAAUUCUCAAUGCUGAAGGAGAAUGAUGUGGUGAAUGAAGACGCUAACGGAAACAAGAACGUCCAGUUCGGUCUAGGUGUCAAGAUUCGUGCUGAUCGGAGGGCUCCCGAUGCAAUCGCUCCCGUAUAUGAGCUCAAGCAUAUUUUCCAAAACAAAAGCCAUUGUGCUCGAGCACACGUUUGGGAAGGCGUUGUGGAGCACCCUUUGAGCGAGCCAACACGCGACGUUGUGGUGGCAUUCAGUCCGGCUGGUAACCCAGAAACAAUCCGUGACGUGUGGGGGGAUUUCUGGUCAGGCUGGGCGGAAGACGAAUUGCAAGAGUUUAAGACAGAGAUGAAGGGGAUUUCACUCUCGUCGGCAAUCAACCUUGUGACCUCAUCAGUCUCGGGUCACUACGAGCCUGCCUCUCAGCUUCUCAAAUUCAUGUGGAGCAAGAUUGGUCAUGCGUGGUCUGACGGCGAGAAGACGCGUAUUCGCCAGAGUAUUCAAAACAUGAUGGCCGUGGCUUUGGAUCGUGGCUUUACAGAACCUGCAGGCAUCUCAAUUUUGGAGAAACUGAUGCGUAGGCCUCGGAUUCAGCGCUUCGACUCGCUCGUGCUUGACCAACCGACGGCUGUGCCUGUGCACGCGCAGACCCACACCCGACGCCGUCGUCGAGACAGCGACACGGACAGCAAUGGAUCUGGAGAAAUUAACCCUGUGCGGCUCAGCAAGGCUCGUGUGGUUCGUGUGCAUCGCGCUAUCAAUGAUUACAUGCAGGAUAUGAUCAAGGAGGGACUACUCGAUGCUAUCUUAAAGUACGUGGAGCAGGGUGUUCCUGUGCACGUUACUGGUUACAGUAUGGGCGGCAUGCUGGGUCAGCUCUUCAUGCUGUACCUGGGUGAUCACGCUCGCAUGAACGGCUGGGACGCAAGCAAGAUCAAUUUCGUGGGCUUUGGCUCUCCUCGAGUAGGCGACAUUGGCUUUGCCGCUCGGCUUCGCGUGCUCUUUGACCCCCAGCAGUUGCUGAUCGUCAUGCAUCCUCAGGACACUGUGCACGCUUUUCCUCCUACGGCUGAGGGGUACGUGGACGCAUGUAUCAAGAUCUUCCUACGUGAACACGGAAUGGGUGUUGGCCGACGCACACCAAAGCAUUUUUCUCUUCUUCCCGUUACGAAGUCUAUUGAUCGUGCCUUCGAGCACGCCCACAAGGCCCAUGCGCACGACAAGGCCAACGACCCAGCAUGCUCCUUUUGCAAAAGCAAGGCCCACCUUACGGCUCAGCACCGUUGCCGCUACUGCAUCGAACGUGGCUCUCAUCGUGGUGCUGACUGUCCGAACCGCAACAAGCCGUGCCUGUUGUGUGGUAAUGCCAACCACUGCACGGGUGAGCACAAGUGCCGCGUGUGCCAGCAGUACGGCCACCGUGGACGCGAAUGCCACGCACAGCGUGACGUGGGCUUUGCUGAGUUGCUCACUUACUUCCGCUACCACCACUUCCUCUACUACAACGCCAAUCUCAAGAAGUCCGUCGAGUUUACGUCGUAAGACAACAUUUAAGUUAAUGUCAUUAAUUUUUGACUCAUUACACGUUAAUACGGCCUCAACGCACUUGCAACAGCGGUUGCUGAGGGUGGGUAUAUCGACCAGAGAGCUAUCUUGUGAUCCUUGGAGCAAGACGUCAGCAGCGCGUUGUCAGCACUGAAGCUAAGACCGAACACACUUUCGCUGUGAUAUUUGAGCACGGCGAGAGGCUUGAGUU